CUGCUGGGCCGCGGGCUGGGGCGCAUGGGCCUCCUCCGAGGCGGGGCCGCGUGCGCUCGGGCCAUGGCGCGCCUGGGCGCGCUGCGCUCGCACUACUGCGCGCUGUUGCUGGCCGCGGCGCUGGCGGUGUGCGCCUUCUACUACCUGGGCUCGGGCCGGGAGACCUUCUCCAGCGCCACCAAGAGGCUGAAGGAGGCCCGCGCCGGGGUCGCCGCGCCUACGCCGCCCCCGUUGGAUCUGGCCCGGGGCUCCGCGGUGCCGGCCUCGGGCGCCAAGGCCAAGAGUUUGGAGAGCGGCGCGGCCGUGCCGGUGGACUACCACCUGCUGAUGAUGUUCACCAAGGCGGAGCACAACGCGGCGCUGCAGGCCAAGGCCCGGGUGGCGCUGCGCUCGCUGCUGCGCCUCGCCAAGUUCGAGGCUCACGAGGUGCUUAACCUCCACUUCGUGAGCGAGGAGGCCAGCCGCGAGGUGGCCAAGGCCCUGCUGCGGGAGCUCCUGCCGCCCGCCGCCGGCUUCAAGUGCAAGGUCAUCUUCCAUGACGUUGCUGUGCUGACAGACAAGCUCUUCCCCGUCGUGGAGGCCAUGCAGAAGCACUUCAGUGCUGGCUCGGGGACCUACUACAGCGACUCCAUCUUCUUCCUCUCUGUCGCCAUGCACCAGGUCAUGCCCAAAGAGAUCCUACGGAUUAUUCAGCUGGACCUUGACCUGAAGUACAAGACCAACAUCCGAGAGCUGUUCGAGGAGUUUGACAACUUCCUGCCAGGUGCUGUUAUCGGCAUAGCCCGAGAGAUGCAGCCGGUGUACAGGCACACAUUCUGGCAGUUCCGCCAUGAGAAUCCCAAGACCAGAGUUGGGGACCCGCCACCUGAGGGUCUUCCUGGCUUCAACAGUGGAGUGAUGCUGCUGAACCUGGAGGCCAUGCGCCAGUCUCCACUCUACAGCCAUCUGCUGGAGCCUGCAUGGGUCCAGCAGCUUGCAGACAAGUACCGCUUCCGGGGCCACCUUGGGGACCAGGACUUCUUCACUAUGAUCGGCAUGGAGCACCCCGAGCUCUUCCAUGUGCUGGACUGCACCUGGAACCGGCAAUUGUGCACCUGGUGGAGGGACCAUGGCUACAGCGAUGUCUUCCAGGCAUACUUUCACUGUGAGGGCCACGUCAAGAUCUACCACGGCAACUGCAACACCCCUAUCCCGGAGGACUAGGCACCCGCUUGCCCACUCUGCUUCUGGGGCUUCCGGGCCUGGGGAAGGAUGCUCUUUGGGAUUCAGGUGCUGCAGGCCUCCCAGCUGGCCAGUCCCUGUCCAGUGGCCAUCCAAAGAAGUUUAACUGAGCCCUGCUGAAGCUCAGGCUGUUUCCCUUCAGAGCAUCCUGAAGGACAGACAGAUGUCUUCCAGUAGGUGGUUGAAGAUACAGAAGGACAGAUUCUCUUGUCUACAUGGACUCACACCCCUUUUAAAGAGCUGGCUUUUGCUAGACCAAAUAAGUGUUUACUUUAGACUGACAGGCUUCUGUUUGUGAGAAGGACCACACGGUGCUGCUGUAGCCCCAGUGGGCCCUGAGUGAGUGAGUGAGUCAGGGCUCUAACAAGCAGCCUCCAAAGGAAUGCCACAGUCCCAUGUCCUUUCUCAGGAGGCUUUUCUCCUCCUUCCCAGAUGUUCAUGCUGCUGGUACAGACUUGAAGUGCAGCAUCUCUUUAGGUGAAGCCUCUGGGGCCAGCUAGGGAACACAGAAUAACCCUGUUGUAUCGUCCCCGGCUCUUAUCUCCCCAUGUAUCCUGGAGCCCGUUCCCUGACCAUCCCCUGCUCCGGUGACCUGACUGUACUAAGGAAUCAAAUCUGCCAUCAAAGAAUAGAGGUUGGCCAUGCUGAGGCAUGCACUAGAAUUGCCUGAACAAGGGAGAUUUCCUCCCGGGAGCAGCCUAACAGUUCACUAAUGCAAGUGGGUAGGCUUGCAGAAGUCUGGCCUGUGGGCUCACUGUGGUCUCUGGUGUGGAAAACAGACAGGCCCAUACUUUCCUGUGGCACUGUGCCAGACCCUCCCCCUUCCCAGAAGAGUGCACCAUUUCUGUAUUUGUACUUGUGAGGGCUCUGUAAGUUAGUUGUGCUUGUGAGGGCUCUGUAAGUCAGCUGUGCUUGUGAAGGCUCAGCUGUACGUCAGCUGUGCUUGUGAAGGCUCAGCCGUAAGUCAGCUGUACUUGUGAAGGCUCAGCUGUAAGUCAGCUGUGCUUGUGAGGGCUCUGUAAGUCAGCUGCCCACAUGCAGCCACCGCAGGCCAUGCACAUGUCCAGCUCAUGUCCUCAGGCAAGAAAUGUGAGUUUCUCAUAUUUUCUUCCAGUUCCCUUGACUUUUAAAUUUUCUUUCACCCCAAGUGAGAAUAGCUCAUAACUAAUCUUUGAGAACACUUGUUCGUGUUGUUUGUCCUCUGAUUAGAGUUUCCAGGGGCCUGGGGCUCUGAAUGAAGACUGGAAUCAAUAUCAACCAGAGGGCCUAAAAGGACCAACAGGAAGGAAGGAAGGCCCGCCUGGGGGUGGCUGUGAGGUGGCUUUGCUGUGUUUGGUUCUAAGUACAGAGCCAUUUCAUUCCAGCUAUUGGAGAUCAGCUGCUGCUGGGGACAAAGCGACCCCUCCCUGAGCCCAGACCUCCCCACUGCAUUCAUGCCUGGUGAGGUGGUACACACUCCUUCACUAGCCUCUGCUGGAGCCCGAUUCAUCUGUUCUCCUGGCUACUUGAUUUCCUUUUUAUAGCUUCUGGUUAUUAGAUGCCUGCCGUGUGCUGGGCAUCGUCUUGAGGAUUUAUAUGUGCUCUAGGUAAUAGUCAUGAAAACCUCAACAAGCUCAUUCUCAUUCUAAAACUUAUGUAUGAAAACAGAGGUAUGGGCAGAGCCCUAUGCUGUGUUGUUUACUGCAGCUUUUUAUUAUACAAAAACCAUAUAAUGGGAUAUAUUAAAAAUCAUUUUAAGGAAUAUUUAAUGUACCAGAAAAUACACUAGUGCGUAAAGAAUACAAAAUACAAGAUUGUAUGUGUUAUCCUUUUAUUUUUUAAAUUGCAUAUGUGUGUGUAUGUAUUUGUGUACAAACAGGUGCAUACAUGAAGUUCAUAUGUAUGUGUGAAAAGAGGGAGAUUCAAGAACAAGCCUAUCUGUAUUUUAUUCAGUUCAGCUCCUCAAGACCAUGCUUUAAACACAUUAACAGAACAGUUAUCUCAGUGAGAGGUGGGGGAUUUAAGGCCAGGGAGUUCUUCUUAACCCACAGUGACAGCAGAAGUUUUCAUCAAGAAUUAGUGUUUCUAAAGCUGUGUCUUCUGUUGUUGCCAGAAAACAGUAAGCCAGAUUCUCAGAGCACAACAGCAUCUCCCACUCUGUGUGUGUGUGUGUGUGUGUGUGUGUGUGUGUGUGUGUGUGAUUGUGGGGCAGCACAAAGGACAACUUUGUGGAUCAGUGCCCUCCACAUUUACAUACUGUCUUAGUGUUUCUGUUGCUGUAAGAGAUACCAUGACCACAGCAGCUCUUAUAAGGAAAACAUUUAAUUGGGGCUGGCUUACAGUUCCAGAAGUUUAGCCCAUUAUCAUCAUGGUGGGGAGCGUGGUGGUGUGCAGGCAGACAGUGCUGCCUACAUCUUCAGAAGGCAACAGAAAACCAGCUGAGAACGCUGGGUGGUAGCCUAAGCAUAGGAAAUCUCAAAGCCCACCCCAGAGUGACACAUUUCCACCAGCAAGGCCACACCUCCUAAUAGUGUCACUCUCUGUGAGAUUAUGGGACCCAUUACAUUCAAGCUACCACACAUACUCAUUGCACCAGCUCCCCCCCAUUUACUUUUGAGAUCACCCUCAGGAGGUCCCCCUCCCCUGUCACCAGUGGCUUUGAUCUAAUGCCUCUGGUGAAUGUAGCCAUAGACAAUAGGAAACCCAGCCGGACUGACAAAAGCCACUGUGGGCUCUUUGCUUGCCACAAAUGGCAUUGACAGAUGUUGGGGUCAGUUUCAGAUUGGGGUCCUGGUAGGAUUCGUGUUGUGCAUACAUAAUUAAAGUGCUGUGCUCUCUUUAUUUCAUAGAACCUUCCCUGUCUAGUGCACAUCUGUACAUGUACGUGAAAUGGAAGUCCAGAUGGCAUUUAUGAAUAUAGCAAACUUUAUCUUCACUUAUGUUCAUUUCCUUAUUUUUGUGCUUAUUAAUUUUAUAAAAUGCAUAAUAAAUGUUAUACAUUUAAACAUUGUAA